GAUGCGACCACUGAUUAUUCUGCUCAAAGAGGUUUCCAUAUCAUCUCGGGAUCUGCAUCUUUUUUGCUCAGUAUUGCACUGUUCAUCGUCUUCACUGCAUGUUAAAUCACCGCUCACUCAACUACUCACUUGGAAAGUUCAGCGGCUUUUUUUUAUUCACUAUCUCGCCUCUAAUACCAGAGGUCCUCGCAUGGUUUCUUGGCACAGCUUGUUAGAUCUGACAAUUUUGCUGAGCUUUUCUACAAUCACUCCG